AUGGACACCCAACGCCCCUCCGUCCAACAGACAACCCUCCCAACCAUCUACAACAUGUCCUCAUCCCAAGCCCGCAACUGUCUCUGGGCCCUCGAAGAACUAUCCGCCUCACACUCCAUAAAAUACGAAGUCAAGAACCUCCCCCGCCGCGACCCCAACACCGCGAAGACCCUCAGCUCUAUCUUCCCCCACGGCAAAUCCCCCAUCAUGACCCUCUCACCUAUCGACUCAUCCCCCGAAUCGCAAGCCGCAGCCUCAACGACCUACCAGAUCCUCCCUGGCGUUCUUACGGAGAGUAGACUUAUUCUACAGUUCAUCGCGGACCAUUACAGUGCAGGAGAAUGGACCUCUUCGUCCAUCGAGGAUAAACGCCGGGACGAAUUCUUCACUGAAUUCGGACACAGUAGUCUUGCGUUGAAGAUCAACUACGCCAUUGUCUUUGAGAUGCUGACCUCGUUCUUGCCGUUUGGGAUCCGACAUCUGCUUUUCCUGCUGAUUGGGCCCCUUGUUAAGUUCUUUGUUAAGGACCAAGAAUUGAUGUAUGGUGUUAUGGAGGCGGCGCUGAGUGAGGAGAAGCCGUGGUUUGGUGGGGAGAAGAUUGGACUGGCGGAUUUCAAUAUGAGUUUUCCGAUGGAUGUGGCGGUUCAGAGGGGGUAUUUUGAUGGGGGGAAGUUUCCGAAGUGUAAGGAGUGGCAUGAGAGGAUUGUGAAGAGGGAUGCGUAUCAGAGGGCGUUAGCGGUGGGUGGAGUGUAUGAUUUGAAGAUGUUUACCUAG